CGGGGAGCUUGGUUGCUUCAAUUCGUUCAUCUUCUGAAUAACAGCAAUUGACCGAGCUCGUCACCGCGAAUGCUAUUCUGGUUUUCAUUUACGGGCCCUUUCUAACCAUUCAAUACUAUAGUCAGGACGCAAUUUCUGAAAGUUGAUCUUCUAACAAACAAAAUGUCCCGACAAAUCGCAUUUCAAGCUUCCCGCUUGGCUUCGCGAACGAUCCGCUCUUCAACACCCAUCUGCCGCUCAAGCUUCCGUAUCGCUCCUGCAAUCACACACCUUUCCAUCCGAUCUACCCUUUCGCAAAAAUGCUUCUCGACUACGGUUUCCAUCAAACGGGGUAUCAUGCCUGAUACGGAGAAUCCUGCCAAGCCUUUGAACGAAGCCGAAGAGAUCCAUCAGAAUGCUGUUGUGGCCGAUAUUACGGAGCAAGAGUACCAUGACCUUGCGGACGAGUACCUCGAUAAUGUUGUCGGGAAGUUUGAGGAACUCCAGGAUCAGCGAGAAGACAUCGACGUCGACUUCUCAGCUGGAGUCCUCAGCAUCAGUUGGCCUGACAAGGGCACAUACAUCAUCAACAAACAGCCCCCCAAUAAGCAGAUCUGGCUGUCGUCUCCCAUCUCUGGCCCUAAGCGCUACGACUGGUGCCUCGUUGGCGAGGGCCAGAACGAGAAAGAGGGCACAGCUGUGGGUGACUGGAUCUACGUUCGUGAUGGAUCCAGCCUAAACCAGGUUUUCUCUGAGGAGCUUGGUGUUGACAUAGACGUUCCGAGCGAGGAGUAGAGCUUCCUCCCGAAUGCCGAUAAAAGACCCAGCAAGCAUGGUUGAAGGAGAAGACCAUCACAGACAAAGGAAAAGCAUUUAUGAAGGCGUUGAGGGCUUCGGUUAGCCUAGUGAGGAUUGCGA